CCGCCAUCUUGGAUGAGGCUCUUCCUCUCCCAGUUACAAAGCCCGAGCGGUCCCGGUUAGCUCAGUGCUGUGGUUGCCCACACUAAAUAUGGUGUUCGGCGCGCCCCGUCCUUAGGGCGAGUGAGGCAAUCGGCGGGGAGCGGCGGCAGCAGCGGGCACCUCUCGGAGCGCGCAGCAAGGUUACAUGAGUCAGAGUGGGCUGUGGGGAACUGCUCCUGAAGAUGUACAUGUUGAUUGAAACCCGCACAAGUUCCCUUCUUCAUCUGACAAGGUCACCUGGCAUCAGGUCUUGGUCUGUCUUUGUUGGAAUAGCCUCCAUAGGUUUGGCUGCUGCUUAUUACAGUGCAGACAGCUUGGCAUGGAAGCUCUUCUACAUGGCUGGAUGCUUCUUCGUGGCAGCACAGAAUCUGGAGCAGUGGGAGGAAGCUGUAUUUGACAAGAACAAGGGAACAGUCUGCCUAAAAACAUUCAAUCUUUACAAAAAGAUACUGACCUUCUCAAAAGGAGGCAGUGAACAAGUGGUUGCUCUACUGCAUGAGAUCAGAGAUGUCAAUGUGGAAGAGGAGACGGUGCGGUAUUUUGGGAAGGGUUACCUGGUUGUGCUACGAUUUAUCACUGGAUUUUCACACCCCCUGACUCAGAGUGCUGUGCUGGGCUGCAGAAGUGAUGUGGAAGCAGUUGCCAAGCUUGUCAUCAGUUUUCUGGAAUUGGACAGAGCAGAGAGCCAAGAUGUCUAUGAGAGCAGUGAAACAGAGGCUAGUGAUGCUGGUGAACCACAGGAUGAAUAUUAAUAGUGAUGAGCUGAAGAGACGUUCGAAGAUCUGGAAAUUACAGAUUGGUUGUUCUUCAUAACGAAAUUCCUCAGUCUUGACUUGGGCAUUUCUCUACAUGUGCACUUACAGUGGGAAGAAUCUGUCUUAGGGCAUCUUCUUUAGUGCUAAACUGCUUCAAGAUCUGUGCUCCCAAUACUGCCAUUGUAGAAUCGAAAGCAAAUUCUAUCUUAGUUCCUGGAUGUGGACACUGCUGUCUUUUGAACUUUGUCAGCUUGUCACAAUUGUCUAGGAGUAGUUAUUUAUUAUUGUACAGGUUUAAAAAUGUACUUUCCCAUUAAUUAAUUGGAGCUAUAGAUGUAAGCUUCCACUUACUGCAAAGAUGUGCAGGUACAGUAUAUGAAAUGCAGAACAGCUGAAUUUAACUCAGAACACAAUGCUUUGAGGUUUCUGAAAUAUUGUAUAUGGGUGAAUAUAAUGCUAAAUUGGUCUUAAGCAGCUUAAUAUAUGCACUGAGGUGAUGCAGAGUAGUGGCACUUUUAUAUUCUCUACUACUGACUUGCUAUUAGAUAGCAGUGGAAAUCAUGAGGAUGGUCAGGAAUUUUAAACAUCAGGUUGCUCAGCUUGUUACUGUCUUAGUUCUCUUGGAAUUGCUAAGGGGCCAUAACUAAGAACCAACAAAUGACCGUGUUGGUUGUUCAAUGCCUUUAUGUUCUGUUUAACUUCUGGGCAUAGCCUACCCAAAGAACAGCCUUAUUCUAGACUUAAAUGUUUACUAUUUUAACUGUGUGUUUGGGAAGGAAGUAAAUAAACAUUCCUUCAGGUAGGGAAAAGACUGAUGUCAGACACCAUGGCAGUUUAGUAUUUUGCUGUAGUAAUGAGGAGGUAAAUAAUAACUUAGAUGUUGUUUUUUUAAGAUAGCUGGGCUCAGUGUUUGGCUUGGGCCCAUGUGUUACUCUGUGUGCACUGUCUUCUGUUCUGACCGAUGGCUUCAUUAGUGGUUAAAAUUAGGAAUUUUCCAAGGUACUUUAUGAAGUAAACGCUACCUCUUUUAGCCAACAAGUUCUGUCUAGAACUAAAACUUCAUUGUACCUCUAUCAAGAUGCUGGUAUUACAAGUACAGAAAUUAUAAGAGCUGAAAGUUCCUUCCAUGUGCUAUAACUGCUUGUAUUCAAGUUUACCAACUUGUGUUAGGAGUUGUAUGGAGUUAAGACCUGAAUUAGAAAAUACUGAUGGUUUCCUCUGGGACGUCUGAAUAGACUACGUGGAGGCAGUACUGCCUCUAUGCCAGCACUUAAAUGUCUGGUGGCAUCUGGUUCUUCAGGAUUUAACUGCAUUCCUAUUUAAAAACUCUACCUCUAAAGAAGUGAAAGCUAUGAAAUGAUUUCUGUUGCACAUUCCAUUGGUAAUGGAAACUGUGUCCAUUUAUCUGACCAAAGAACAGGUUGAUUUCACUUCCAGCCAUUUGUGUCUGUGAGACCAACACGCUGUUACUGCUGGUUUGAAAGGAUCAUCCAGGUGCAAGAGGGAGCUGCUGUUGAUGCAGCCUGACUGUGGCACUGAACCAGGUGUGUUAGUAUUAAAUAAGAACUUGUGAUCAUGUCAGGUAUCAAAACAGACCUCUGCCAGCAGACAUGCUCUUGAAGCACUCCAAGUUUUCUGGCUGAUUACGUUGCUUUCAAUCUCUGCCUCCCAUUACUGGAAUUGGGAAGCUGCUGUGUAUGAACAUUGGGGAAGAACAGGUUGCAGGUAAUUAACCAGAUUUGGCCUUUAUUUUGCAGGGAGAUGUAAACUACAAACCAUCAAACCUUUUAUAUUCUGCAACUUUUUUUAACACUUCAGAGAGAUUUUCAUUUCAGUAUGUACCCUCAGUAACACUCGUUCUGGAGAGAGUGAGACUGAAUUUGGAUGAACUGUUUUUUCAUCACUCUGUAAAAUGAGUUUUGAGCAUUCUAAAGACUUUCAGUAGGAAAUACCCUUAAAUGCUUAGUUUUUAUAGUCUAGUGUAAGUAAAAUAACUCUACUACCUGCAAAUACCUUCUUUGUAGCAAAGAUAUUUGAGGGGUAUGUGGUAUGGCUGUGCAUUGCACUUAAUGUUCCAAACCUACAGAUUUGACCACUGAGUGGAUAAAAUGGACAAAACUACCUGCAUUCAAUCUUAGUUACACUGAGUUUCAUUUCUGUUUCCAUGAGAGCUGGUGUCACGGGGAAAAUACAAAUAAUGCUGUGGUUUUUCAGUUAAAAACCAUUUUUAUAGAAGUAUUUACAUUGAUCUAAUUUUAGACUGUGUCCUGCUUCAGCGGAGCUCUGCAUCAACCUUCGGUACGUUCUUGGCAUGAAGCAUGAUGUACACAGGUGUCCUGCAAUACCAAACCAAAAUGUAGAGAUGCUCUAGGAGAGAGAAGGACCUACAGAAAGGUAUUGGAUGGCCUGAGUUCUGUGAGUGAUAUUUUGUGGGAUGAGUUGUGUUUUUAGUUGUUGUCCAAUAAUCAGCUCCUUUUAGAUGCUUAGGUGCACCCCUCCCUCUCAAUAUCCUGCUGAGAGCAGGUAGACAGGAGAGAGAGAGAGGGCUGCUGCACAAAUGGCAACGUGUCUUACAUUUAUACAGGCAGUAAAAGCCACGCUGGCUUACGUAUUGCAUGAAAAGUGCUAGUUCUGACACUGGUAGAUUGCUAGGAGGCAGAACUUUGUCUGGAAAAUAGUUAGAAAUAGCUUUUCUACUUCAAAAUGGAAGUAGAAUUUCAGCAAGGCCUCGCGUGUCUCUUUUUUUAUUAAAAUCUCCAUUGAUAAAAUCAA